CAGCCGGCGAGCAAACUGGAACGAUAACGAAGAAUGGUGAGCUCCCGUACGCCUGGUGUCAACAACGUCACACCCGCUAAUAACGCGGCCAAUAACGAGGCCGACGAAGUGUCCUCGUCGCCCGACGGCGUCGACGCCGGCGUCGGGCUCGGCGAGGACGAGAGUCGCGUGAACGGCGGCCCUGAGAACGGCAGCGACGACGGUGUACGCCGCGGCAACGGUGACGGUGACGGUGACAGUGGUCGGGACGGUGGAGGCGACGACGGUGGCACUGCCAACGUCGGAUGGAGUCAGAGCGGCCCACCGUCGCUCUCGAUGUCGGUCGACCUGCACAAUCUCGUGACGAGCACGAAUCACCAGGACUCUGGUCGGUACUCGGUGAGUCCGGAUCACGCUGGCGGCGCAACGCCCGCCGCCGCUGUCGUCAAGAUUGGCUGCUACGACGAGGAGGAGAGCUACGAGGGCUUCGGCUCUGUCGAGGGCGACGCUGACGACGGCCCGGACUCGCCUGGUGGUAGCAGCUCCGCACCGUCGCCCACUGGUACCAGCUCUCGCAGAAAUCCGAGGAGCCCAAACUCCACCGUUGGGAGACAUUCCUGGUUGCGCACCUCGUUGCGGAGAACGCCCCCUUGCUCGGGAAGAAAGAGGCUGAGCUCCAACGCGUUAGCGAGCCAGCUUUAUCGCAGUGGCAGUUUCAACAGCUCGGGGAUGGGCUCGAACUACGAUCCCGCGGACGACGUGUACAGUGACGUAUCUUUGGAGGACGUGAUGGAUCUCAGUCACAAAGUUCAAAUGAUCCAAGAGCAGAUGCAUGCUUUGGUGGAUACUAAGUCGGUCGGUGAGGAGAGGUAUGCUCGAGCGAAGCAGGAGAAUGCGACGUUACAGGCGCGCAUAUUGAUGCUCGAGGAAGCGGCCAAAGAUGCGGAAACGAGAGCAGAGGAGAGGCUUCAAGCUGAGCAACGAAGGCAUCGAGAAUGGGCGUGUCGUUUGGAACGCGAGCGCCAGUUACAGCUAGAGAACUAUGCGAUCAAGCUGCAAGCGGUGGAGCUGGACAGCUCUAGUCUACGAGACGAGAUCGCGCGAGUUCGCGAACAGCUAGAGAGAGCGCGGACAGAUAAGACGCGGCUCGAGAACGAUCUGCAGGAGGCCAGGAGGGAAACAGACGCUGCGCGCGAAAGUGAACGCCACGCGGUGAGCCGAGCGAACGAGGCUCAUCAUCUGCUCGAAGCCAUGAGAGAGGAACUUUCCUUGCACACCGAGGAUCAACAGAGACUCGAGGAACUGGUGCAGCAGGUGGCUCAGCUUCAAGCUCGUAAUAAGAGUUUGGAAGAAUCUCGGGACGAACUACAGGCCGCUGCAGCGUUGCAAGCAGGUCGUGAACUUUUAAUGUUAAAUCCUUGCAAUAACAGCGCCGAGAAGGGACCUAGUCUCGCCGUAGAGCUGUUAGCCGGCAUGAAUCCAGAUCAGAUAGACGGCCAAAGAUUCGAGGAAUUCGGCGAACUGUGCACGAUGGCUGAGAUGAAGCAGGCAUUGAAGGAACAGCAAGAAGUGAAUACACAGUUGAGAACGUACAUCGACGGGAUCCUGCUGAACAUUGUGGAGAAUUAUCCCCAAUUGCUGGAGGUGAAGCAAACGCACUGAAACGUAGCGCAUGUAGAGAGCCUAUUAUCCUCGAAUCCUAUACUCCGACACUUUCCGAGGCGGUUGUACGUUAACUCUCCUCGUCGAGUCAACGGAGGAGAUCGAGUACUCUGCUUCGAAUACUCCCGGCCGAUAUACAUUUCUAUUUUAUAUAACAAUGUUUUUUAAUACGAAAUUCUGUCAGCGCGAAAGAGGUAGAGAGCGCGUCGGAUUCGUUCGCGGAGGGAAGUCAAUUUUAACCAGAAGCCAUCUGUUACUUGAUCAAAUGUCAAGUUGAUGCCCGAGCGACACGAGAGAGCCUAAGAAACGUCGGGAGGAUGUUUAAUGAACCGGGCCGUCCUCUAGAUCUCUCUCGACGACAUCUCCUUGAUCCUCGCGUCGUUCAGGAUCGGAAUGUGUACUCGUUUUAAAAUCCGCCCGAUGAGCGACGACGACGUUGACGAGUUAACUCCAGCUCUGUAGUGCUAUUUGCAAACACAUAGCUUGAAACGGAAACUAAUUCGAGAUGCGUGUUUUUAGAUCGCUCUGCAUAGCAGUCUUUAUCCCACCGCAUCGUGCGCGUAGAUUGAUCAAUUUUUUUUGUUAAUAUUUCGAUAAUUGUCGCGUAGUUCCUCUACAAAAUAGCGGAGGAUUUUUCUACUUAAAUUCUACAAGUUCUACUUGUUACAAAGGGUCGAACAUCUAGAAAAUCUAGCCAGUUUGCACUGAGAAAGUAAUAUUUGGAAAUUUAUUUGCGGGAUAUAAAGUUUAUUCAUAGAAAUAAAUUUUAUAUCCCACAGAUAAAUAUUCAAGUAAUUCUUCUUUUUCUCUUUCUCUCUCUCAGUGUAUGUACAUCACUUUUACAUACAUAUACUAAGAAAAAAACACUUGAAAAUUUAUUUGUGGGAUAUAAAGUUUACUCACAAAAAUAAAUUUUAUUUCACAGAAUUAAACUUUAUAUAUCCCAUAAGUAAGUGUUCAAGUAGUUUCUCCCAGUGCGUAUAAAUCAUUCUCAUAUAUAUGUGUUGAGAAAAAAUACUUGAAAAUUUGUAGAGUAUAAAGUUUAUUUCACAGAAAUAUUUCUGUGAAAUAAACUUUAUACUCUACAAAUUUUCAAGUAUUUUUAUUCUCAGGGUACAUUUUACAUUAUAUGCACCAUACAUAUAUGCAAUACACAUCGUCUCCUCGGAUUUCGAUUCGUGCCGAUUAAUCACUGCCGCAAUCACAAGUUUUUACCGCGAGUCAACGUUGGUCGUUACCAGGGCGGUGAACGAAUCUCGAUCACGUUAAGUUUUUUCUUCGAUUGUAUUGCCGUCGAAUAGCUUGUUAAAAGAGUUACCUAGGUGAAUACGAUACACGCGAUAUGUGACAAUGGAGUUUACAUGACUGUGCGAUGUGUCACGAGAGCUGUGAUGCGUUUAUAGAGUACCUUUUAAAUUAAAAUUUAGUGUCGCAACACACACACAUACGACACACAACCAAGACAUACCUAUAAUUAUAUAGGUGGAAAUCUUGUAUUCUAGGUCUUUAUACCGAAAGUUAGUAAAAUUCUAAUUAAAUGGUUAUAUUUUGA